AUGAGCUUAGCAGCGAGAACAAAGCAGUGGACUGCCAGGAACUUACAAAAAUUGUGUGCACAGAGGGAUCCGGUACCCAUUUUUGUGCCCGAAUUCUAUCGUGGGUACCUGAAAAAAGGGUGUGUUCACGUUAGUGCUCAGCGAGUACCGUACCUGGGCCGACCGUGCUUGGGCACCAAGUGCAGUGAAAGCUGCAAAAUGGAUCGAUCUUCUGACUUAUUACGUAAUACUUGGCCCGCAUACACUUUUAAGUUUGUUAUCACUGAAAAAACCUUAAAGCGACAGGAGUAUCUUGUGGCCAGUGUUAACAGUUUACAAUCUAUUCAAGCGUGGCAAGAAACAAUGUUAA